AUGAAGUCAUAUAUUUCCUUGUUAUUCAUAUUGUGUGUUAUAUUUAACAAAAAUAUUAUAAAAUGUACAACAGGAAGUGAAAGCGGAAGUGGAGGAGGAAGUCCAGCCGGAAGUGCAGGUGUAAGUGAAAACGGUAGUAGGGGACAAAGAUCAGCAACAAGCCCAGAACAAGGUGAAGAACAAAGUCCAAGCGGUGGUUCAGUACAAAGGCAAGAACAAGGUGCAGGACAAAGUUCAAAUGAAGUUUCAGGAGAUGCUUCAGUACAAAAGACAGUUACUUCAUCAGUAACACCAUCUCCAACCACUCCUUCAGAAAAUAAAAAUUCCAUUUUGGUAAAAUCUGCUUUAUUAAAAGAUUAUAUGGGUGUAAAAGUUACUGGUCCAUGUAACGAAAAUUUUGUUAUGUUCUUAGUUCCUCAUAUAUAUAUUGAAGUUGAUACAGAAGAUACUUAUAUCGAAUUAAGAACAUCAUUGAGAGAAACAGAUAAUUUCUUAUUAUUUGAAUCAAACAGUGGUUCAUUAGAAAAAAAAAAAUAUGUAAAAGAAGAAUCAGAAGGUACAAAUGGAGAAAAAAAUCCAAGUACAGGAACCGUUGAAGCACAAGAUGAAUCAGGUCCGACUACACGUGUAGAUUCAAGUGAAAGUUCCAGUUCAAGAUCAGACUCAAGUGGACGUUCUAAUUCCGGAACAGGCUCAAGUGGAAGUUCAGGUUCAGGAAAUUCAAACAAUGGUCAAGCUGUAUCAAGUAACGAUUCUAACCAAAAUAACAGAAAUUUACAUAAUAUAUGUGCAACAGGAAAAACGUUCAAAUUUGUAGUAUAUAUUAAGGAAAAUACAUUAAUACUUAAAUGGAAAGUAUACGGAAAGGAGGAAAAUAACCAAGUCGAUGUAAGAAAGUAUAUGAUAAAUGAAAAAGAAAGCCCAAUUACUAGUAUACUAAUACAUUCAUACAAAGAACAUAAUGAGACAAACUUAAUAGAAAGUAAAAACUAUGUGUUAAGAUCAGACGUUCCAGAAAAAUGUGAUGCUUUAGCUUCUAACUGCUUUUUAAGUGGUAAUUUUAAUAUUGAAAAAUGCUUUCAAUGCGCCCUUUUAGUAGAACCCGAAAAAAAUAAAGAUGAAUGUUUCAAAUACUUAUCUGAAGAUAUUAGAAAUAAAUUCACCGAAAUAAAAGCUGAGACAGAAGAUGAUGAUGAAGAUGAUUAUACUGAAUAUAAAUUAACCGAAUCUAUUGAUAAUAUAUAA